AUGGCAACUGAGCAGAAGGUCCAGAUUCACAGAGGCCUUCGGGAUGUGCUUAUAGACCGAACCAGGUCCAGUUUCAUUGAUGGCGACGUCGGCAAGCUUCUGUACAGAGGCUACAACAUAGACGAUCUGGCCACUAAGUCAACCUUUGAAGAGACCAUCUAUCUACUGCUUUAUAGCGAACUUCCCAACCGCGAACAGUUGGACGCUUUUGAUGCGGAGCUCAGAGCCAACCGCGCACUGCCAGAAGAGGUGUUGAGUGUCAUCAGCAUCACUCAGAAGUCUCAUCCGAUGGAUGUGCUUCGCACCGCUGUUUCAGCACUAUCUGCAUUUGACCCGGAUACUGAAGACAACUCUGCAGAGGCAACGCUUCGCAAAGGCAUCAGACUCACGGCACAGGCGUCCACGAUAGUUGCAGCACACGCACGCAUACGCGAGGGCAAGCAGCCCAUCGCUCCCAAUAGCAGCUUGAGCCACGCCAGUAAUUUCCUGUACAUGCUUUUUGGUGAGGAGCCUGAUCCUCGGGAUGCCAAACUCAUGGACAAAGACUUCAUUCUGCACGCCGAGCAUGGCAUCAACGCGUCUUCCUUCGGCGCAAGAGUUACGGCAUCUACGCAGGCUGACUUGCAUUGCGCGGUUACCACAGGAGUCGGAGUUCUGAAGGGCCCUUCACACGGGGGUGCUGCCGAAGAAGUUAUGAAGAUGGCGCUGGAAAUUGGUGACGAAUCCAAUGCCGCAGCAUAUGUAGCCGACCUUCGCAGCAAGGGUGGUAGAGUAAUGGGCUUCGGACACCGAGUCUAUAAGGCGGUGGACCCACGAUCUAUACACCUGAUGGACGAUGCCCGCGAUUUGGGUGUUCGCAAGGGACAGCCAGGAUGGUAUUCCAUUCUGGAAGCAGUUGCUAAAGUAAUGGAGCCUUAUUCGAGGCGCGGCAUCUGCCAGAAUGUGGACUUCUUCUCCGGGGCAAUCUACUACUUGCUUGACAUUCCUGAGGACCUGUUUAUAUCCAUCUUUGCUAUGGGACGCAUCCCCGGCUGGACCGUGCAGGUCAUGGAGCAGUUCGAUAACAACAUUCUUCUGCGCCCCAGGCUGCUAUAUGUCGGGGAAAUGGAUGUGGAGUACGUUCCCAUUGAUCAAAGGUGA